AUGAACGGCACCACUGCUCGCGUGAAUGGCGUCGACCAUACAAACAAAGGACUCAGACCGCUCAACGUCCUGGUCGUUGGAGCGGGCAUUGGAGGAUUGAGCGCAGCGAUUUUCCUUCGACAACAGGGCCAUCAUGUCACUCUCCUGGAACAAUCGAGGUUCGCCAACGAACUAGGCGCGGCUGUACAUAUGGCGCCAAACGCAACCGGAUUGCUUCUGAGAAUGGGUAUCAACCUCGAAGAUCUGGGCGCUGUCCCUUGCAAGAUCUUCUCGCAGUCUUUGCCAGAUGGCAAACAGAUGUUCGAGGUUCCGCUUUGGAGAGCAGCAGGGAGAUGGCAAUACCCAUGGCUUCUCGCACAUCGAGUGGACCUUCACUCGCAACUGAAGAAGGUGGCGACUGCAGAAGAUGGCACUGGAGCGGCAGCUAUCCUUCGCACCUCCAGCCGAGUGGCCAGUGUCGGCACAGAUGGCAGCGUCACUUUGGCGUCUGGCGAGCAACUCAAAGCGGAUGUUGUGAUCGGCGCUGAUGGCGUACACUCGAAAGCUCGUUGUGGAUUGCCGGGUUCGCAAGGUUUCAAACCAUCUGGGUCCGGAAAGAGCGCAUUUCGAUUCACAAUGCCGCGCUCACGUGCUCUUGACGACCCAUUAACGAAGCCCCUUGCCGAGAAAGAGGGACACUUGAACAUAUUCAUGGGAAAGGACCGACGUGUUGUCAUUUACCCAACAAGACAUCACGAGCUUUUGAACUUUGUCUGCAUACAUCCAACAUCCGAGACCGAGCAGAAGGAUCAACAAGCCGACGAAUGGCAAAGCUCCGCAGACUUGGACAAGAUGCUAGACGUGUACAAGGGCUGGAAUCCGGCCGUUUUGAAGAUAUUGAGCAUGGCUGAUGAGGAUACGCUGAAGGUGUGGGACCUUCUCGAUAUGGAUCAGCUGCCCACGUGGGCGGAUGGGCAGCUCGCACUCAUCGGCGACGCAGCGCAUCCCUUUACACCACACCAAGGCCAAGGUGCAGCGCAGGCCAUCGAGGACGCUGCUUCCUUAGCAUGUGUUCUUCCCUUGGGGACACCACUUGCUGAGAUUCCAGAGAGACUCAAGCUAUACGAGCAGUGCCGCUACAAACGCGCAUCUCAGAUCCAAGAGUACUCUCGUAUCGCAGGUCAGGAUUUGGGCGCCGGUCCUCCCCUUGAUACGAGCCGCUACACGGACGAGAAUUUCGGUCACGAUGAGUGGCACUAUACAAGCCAGAAACUGCGCGAGUGGCUAUGGAGCCGGAAACCCAGCGCGUACCGUCGCAUGCCCACAGUGUUCGGGCCAUUCCCUGGGCCUCGACAGGAUCACCUCGGUAACUCUAGAGACUGGAGUCAGUCGACUUUCACCACUGCGAGCAUCAAGAUUAAGACAUCUCGGACGCUUUUGCAGAACUUGCUUCCCACAUCGCAGUUCAAAUUUGCAUCGGCGGAUUCCAAUUGCUACGCAACUUUCUCUCUAUCUUCGCUAGGAAACCUUGAGUGGCUUGGUGGCAAUGGCUACAACCAUUUCGGACUAUAUGUCCAUGGGGUCGAGUACACCAAGAAAAAUGGAGACAAGGUCACCGGAACCUACCUUCCGGUGCUGUUUGAGAACCUCGCAGAUCCUAUCAUCAGCGGACGAGAAGAGCUCGGCAUGCCGAAAGUUUACGCUACGCUUGAUGUCACCAAAGACGCAGGCACGUGGAAGCUAAAAGCAGGGUGGAUGGGCAACCAAUUCCUGGAUGUUUCACUCACUGGAUUAGAGACCAAAACGAUAUCGAAUGGAGUGCAAGGCUCUGGUCCUCCACAAAUCGGACAGGAAGAGGGUCUGUUCUUCCAUAAAUACAUUGCCACAACAGCGCCCGCCGGCAGCAAAGAGCGUGGACAGGCCGACGUUGAAUACGUUGGAAUUGUUCCGAAUGUGGAAGAAGCGAAAGCACCGCGACAAGUGAAUAGCUUGCUAGUAGCGGAUCGAGCUGAGAUCAAUUUCGACGCGAUGGACUGGAAGAAGCUGCCAACCCUGCACCAUAUCGUUGCUCGAUUAGCAGAGAUUCCUGUUUAUGAAGUCAUGGAGGCCAAGGUCGUGGAAGGGCUGGGCGCUAGUGAUGUCAGGAGUGCGAGAAGGCUUGUUUGA